UUGUUUGUUUGCAAUGCUGCCUCUAUCUCACACUUCGACUCAGGAUAAGGGUAAUGCCGAUUUGGGACCUCGAAGCGGCUUCAGCUUUAUUAACUGCCGGCGCAAUGCGAAACUACUGGCUGAGGGCUUUCAGCCCCCGACGCCGGUGCGCACUGGCACCUCCAUUGUGGGCAUCAUCUAUCGCGACGGCGUAAUCCUUGGGGCCGACACGCGGGCCACCGAGGGUCCAAUGGUAUCCGAUAAGAACUGCUCCAAAAUUCACUAUUUGCAGAAUCAUAUCUAUUGCUGUGGUGCUGGCACUGCCGCCGACACUGAAAUGAUAACCCUGACGACUUCCUCACAGCUGAAUCUGCACCAGAUGAGCACGAAACGGCUGGUGCCAGUCGUCUGUGCCAGCAUAAUGCUACGACGUACCCUCUUCCGCUACCAGGGCCACAUUGGUGCCGCCCUGGUUGUGGGAGGGGUGGACAGGUGGGGUCCUCAGAUCUACUGCAACCAUUCGUGCGGCUCCAACGACAAGCUGCCGUACGCGGCAAUGGGAUCGGGCACUUUGGCUGCCAUGACCGUGCUGGAGCACGGCUGGAAGCCGGAUCUUGACCUGGAGCAGGGCAAGCAGCUCGUGCGCGAGGCCAUCUCGGCGGGGGUCUUCAAUGACCUGGGCUCCGGGUCGAACAUCGAUCUCUGCGUGAUCACCAAGGCGGGCGCCAAGUACCUUCGCACGGACACAGUAGCCAGCGAGCGGGGCGAGCGCCAGGAAAAGUACUACAUCAAGCCAAACUCUACGGUAGUGAAGGCAACCUCCGUGCAGAACCUUCUGGUGGCUUCAGAGCACUGCUAUCGCGUGUCGUUGUUUCCUUCCUGUUGGAAAUUCUACUCAGAGCUAAAUUUGGGGGACAGAUCGUGGCCCGCAAAUACUGAUCCGGAUGAGCAGCCGACAACAUCUGCUUCCGCGAAGGCGGCAGAAUGUCAAGGGAAGAAGAAAGGGAAUAAGAAAUGAGAUAGUAACGUAGGCCCCAAUCACGCGAAAAAUUCGCAAUAAUCUAAAAGAACUUGGCUCUAAAGAAUCAAAAAAAUUGUCCGUUUUCGCAACUUUUAAAUACAUUCCCUCAUGGAACUCAA